GUUUUUGAAGAAGAGAAGAAGAAAAAUCUAUUUCUUUUAGUAAAAGUAGAGGGAGUGGGUACAUGGAUAGAAGACCUGUCACCCCCCUGAUACUCAUACAGCUCAGAAAGCAAUACACACAACUGGAAACAAAGAGACAGAGGCUGAUUAGGACCUUUACAACAAGAAAUUGCAGAAAUUCAGUGGCAUGGAUCUCUUGUCUCGUUUUGAGACACCUCACAACUCCUACACCUGUAACGAAGACCACAAGGACACUAGACAGUUUAAGGAUAUCUCUUUAAGAAGUUGUGAUGAUAUUCAUAUGUGCCCUCUGUUGGCAACAUCAUCAACUUGCUCUUGGCAUAAACACUUUUAUCGACCUUGCAGUGACUGUCACCAAGCACUUAUAGGACUUAAAGAUAACUCUCCUCAUACUGCAGUACCCAAUGGUUGGUGUAUUAUGUAUCCUUUAUUAAAUGGACAAUGCGAUGGCCAAGUUCGAAAUGAAUCGAACAUUCCAGGUUCAUCACUGGAAGCCCCAUCACAAAAAUCAAAACAUAUAAGAGAAGAUUCAGCAUUUAAUGGAUAUGUCCCUAUAAUCCAUAACCCAAAGAGCACUGCCAUUGAAUACGUUCCUGUAUUCCUGAAUAGUAGUCACCACAAAUCUGAAGAUGAUGGACAUCACAACGAUGUAAACACUGAAGACAGACAUAGUUCUCAAACUGUCACUAGAGAGCAUGAUCACUCCAGGUGCAGUGAAAACCUAAACCGAUUUUGGACUAAAGGCAAUACUACGAUCUCACAAGAACGAAUUUUAACAAAAGAGGUUGGUAACCAACAAUGCAUAGAGCACAAAGCUGAAGAAAGGCAUUCAGAGAAAAGUUCAGCUGAAAAUAAUUCACGUACCAAGGGCUAUCCACAAUCAUGCACCUUAACCUCCAUGUCAUACGGUAUCUCAGGGCAUCUACCAGAGCUUCUUCCUGAAACAAAUAAGAAGAACACAUCUAGCAUUCCGGUAACAAAGAUGGGGAGAACCCAGUCAUACUACACAAGAGAAAACAGCUGUUUGACACCAGACUCAAAACACGCAAAUGCAUGUCCAAAAGAUAACCUAACCCAAGCAUUGACUCAUAACACAUCUUCUAAUGCAGAAGAGGUAAAAUUAAUGCCUGAAAGUGUUGCUGAUUGUGAAGGGCAAGGGAUGACUUGUUCAUCUUCAUUGAGAAUGGAGAACAGAAUAAAUAUCCAGAUGGGUGAAAAGAUACUAUCUGAGAAUAAAAGUACUCAGGCAGAGGUAACAAAAAAUAGCGUGUCAACAGCACCAUCAAUGAAAUAUACUGAGAAAUGUAAAAACUGCCACGAAGAGGAGGGCAAAAGCAAUGAGGAACAGAGAAAUGUUAGGGAUCGAGAAGCUAAUGUAUCUGGUAGUACAUGUACUAAAUCUGUUCAAAUUGCGCCUAUAAUAUUAGACAACAGCAUUUUUGAUGAAGAUCUCCUCGAUACUAGUGAGACAAGUACUGAAUCCAACAGUUCUGGUACAGAAAAACAUGUAGUCCGUGAUCUUAAUUUUAAAGGAUUUGGAGUGAAUAUUAAAAGUGAACAAAAGCAAUAUAUCGUGAGCAAAGACUUGCCAUAUGCAGGAACAAAGAAUAUAAAUGACAAAAAAAGAAAGGAAGAAGAGAAAGGCAUUAUAGUAAUGGGAAGAAUAUGGAAUGAAAAUACAUUAAGUGAGGAGAGCAAAAGUGAAGAAGAGGAGGAUGUAAUUAUAAAUGGAUUAUGGAAAGAGCGUCAUAUGCAGACAGAUAUUAAACCAACAGAAAAAAAAUGUAUCAACAAAAAUGAAAUAAAAGUACAGGACAGUGAACCAGAUAGCAUAAAAGAGAUGUAUGGGGAUGAAACAAACAGUGAAGAUGAAGAGGAGGAGGAGAUGGGAGAGGACAAAGAUGGGGUAGGAAAGGAAGGUUUAGAUGAUGAAGUGGGAAGUAAAAUGUUAAUAAGAAAAGUUGGAAAUGACAAAUGCCCAAUCAAGAGAGAAGAGAUAAAGACCAUGCAAACACAUGAAGAAGAAGGAGAAAUAUCUGGGGAGGACGCGCUAGCAAGCAGAGAAGAAGAAAGCCUGUUAAUACCAUUAACUAGAAGGAGUCACAGAGCAAAUAAAGGGGAGAAGAAAAAUAAUAGUCAGAAAGGAUAUAUAACUGUGAGUGAUAAGGAAAUAAGCAAAUGUAAAAAGGAAAACUCACAAGACUGCCAGAAUGAAGAAGACAAUGACACAAUUAUGGGUGAAGCGGAAGAGGAUGGAGAUGAGGAGCAGGCAGAAAUGUCAGAAGAAAAUGAAUCUGUAUCUUUACAUCAAGAAUCAGAGGAUGAGCCAGAAGAUUCUGAGGAAGAGAACACUGAUUUCUGGGGGAGCAAGGAUGAUUUAUCCAUUUCUCAAUGUGAAGGGGAACAUGUAGAUAUGUCAAGCCAACCUGAGAUUGAAUGUUCUGAGACAGAUGACAAAGAGGACUCAUGUAUGAGCAAUGAAGAGGCUGCUCAUCUUCAGAAGUCAGCUUUGGUUGCAGUUACCUCUCAGGAAGUUCUUCCACAAGAUGAGCCUGCAGAUAUGGAAAAUAAAAGGCCUGUAUGGUUGUGCUGCCUGUCAUCAUGCCCACUGCCUGAAAUUUUUAACAAAAGGAUGGAGAAACGAUGCAGUGAAGAUUGUGCUAUGAGUGGACUUCAGAUGAGUCCAUUAGAAUGUAGCUCUUUAUUACCCACUCAAGAAUUUCUUCCUGCUCCCUCUCCCAGCAAUACAGAUGAAGAACAGGAUCCUGAAACACAUUGUGAAGACUCAAGUGAAGAGGCAUGUGAAAGCGACAAUAAAUCUAAAAACCAUACAUGGUCAGACUCCGAUGAUGACAUCCAUUCAUUUUUUGACAAAUAAUCACUCUUAAGAAGAAACAGUUUUAGAGAAUGAUAAGUGUUCUAGCAAUGUGAUAUUCUAACGAUUAAAAAGGAAUAUAUAGGAGAUAAGUUAAGAUUACUGGAAAUGGUUAUGUGAAGAGGGAGUAUUUGUUUGAUUUGAUUUCACUGAACCAAAUUAAUACUUAAAUGAAAGUGUGCAGAAUGGAAAUUAAGGAUUUGCAUAGUGUUCAAAUUCAACAAGUGAAAAAUUUGCUGUUCAUCAAUAAAUAUUUUUGACAUUUGCA